AAUGUAAGAAAGCUUUCUUCCAUAAGUCAGUCCACAUUUUAUAUCAGAGAACUCACAUGGGUGAGAAACCACAUGAAUGUACAGAAUAUGGCAAAGCUUUUAACCAAAAGUCAGAGUUCAGCAGGCAUGACAGAAUUUACACAUGUGAGAAACCAUAUGAAUGCAGACAAUGUGGAAAAAUUUUGAACCAUCAGUCACACCUCUGGAAGCAUCAGAGAACUCACAUAGAUGAGAAACCAUAUGAAUGUAAAAAAGGUAGAAAAUCUUUUAGUGAAAAGUCACACCUCUGCAGGCAUGAGAGAACACACACAGGUGAGAAACCAUAUGAAUGUAAACAAUGUGGAAAAGCUUUGAGUGGAAAGAGAGAACUCAGCAGGCAUGAGAGAACACACACAGGUGAGAAACCAUAUGAAUGUAGACAGUGUGGAAAAACUUUUAAGUAUAAGUCACACCUCUGCAUACAUCAGAGGACUCACACAGGUGAGAAACCACAUGAAUGUAAAGAAUGUGGAAAAACUUUUAACCAUAAGUCACAACUCUGCAUCCACCAGAGGACUCACACAGGUGAGAAACCAUAUGAAUGUAAAGUGUGUGGGAAAGCUUUUAGUGGAAAGUCAUAUUUCACCAUUCAUCAGAGAACUCACACAGGUGAGAAACCAUAUGAAUGUAAAGUGUGUGGGAAAGCUUUUAGUGGAAAGUCAUAUUUCACCAUUCAUCAGAGAACUCACAUGGGUGUGAAACCAUAUGAAUGCAAAGAAUGUGGAAAAGCUUUUAACUACAAGGUAAGCCUCAGCAUUCAUCAGAGAACUCACACAGGUGAGAAACCAUAUGAAUGCAAAGAAUGUGGAAAAGCUUUUAACCGAAAGUCACACCUCAGCAGGCAUGAGAGAACUCACACAGAUGAGAAACCAUAUGAAUGUAGAGAAUGUGGAAAAACUUUUAACCAUAAGUCACACCUCAGCAUUCAUCAGAGAGCUCACACAGGUGAGAAACCAUAUAAAUGUAGAGAAUGUGGAAAAACUUUUAAACAUAAGUCACACCUCAGCAGGCAUGAGAGAAGACACACAGGUGAGAAGCCAUAUGAAUGUAAAGAAUGUGGAAAAACUUUUAACCGUAAGUCACACCUCAGCAGGCAUGAGAGAAGACACACAGGUGAGAAACCAUAUGAAUGUAAAGAAUGUGGAAAAGCUUUUAGUGAAAAGUCAUACCUCAGGUGGCAUGAGAGAACUCAUGCAGGUGAGAAACCACAUGAAUGUAGAGAAUGUGGAAAAACUUUUAACUAUAAAUCACACCUCUACAUCCAUCAGAGGACUCAUACAGGUGAGAAACCAUAUGAAUGUAAAGAAUGUGGAAAAGCUUUUAGUGGAAAGUCAUAUUUCACCAUUCAUCAGAGAACUCACAUGGGUGUGAAACCAUAUGAAUGCAAAGAAUGUGGAAAAGCUUUUAACUACAAGGUAAGCCUCACCAUUCAUCAGAGAACUCACACAGGGGAGAAACCGUAUGAGUGUAAAGAAUGUGGAAAAGCUUUUAGUGGGAAGUCAUAUUUCACCAUUCAUCAGAGAACUCACACGGGUGAGAAACCAUACAAAUGCAAAGAAUGUGGAAAAGCUUUUAACUACAAGGUAAGCCUCAGCAUUCAUCAGAGAACUCACACAGGUGAGAAACCAUAUGAAUGCAAAAAAUGUAGAAAAGUUUUUAACCACAAGGUAAAUGUCAGCAUCCAGCAGAGGACUCACACAGGUGAGGAACCAUAUGGAUGUAGAGAAUGUGGAAAAACAUUUAGCUGAAAGUCACAUUUCAGCAUUCAUCAGAGAACUCACACAGGUGAGAAACCAUAUUAAUGUAAAGAAUGUGGAAAAGCUUUUAACCAAAAUUCCCAACUCAGCAGCCAUCAAAGAAUAUGCAUAGGUGAGAAACCAUGUGAAUGUAAGAAAUGUGGGAAAACAGUUUACUGGAACUAACCAUAAUAGACAUGAGCAAAUUCACACAUGGGAAAAUGCCAAUUUACGUAAUGACUGUGGGAGAAGGUUUUGCCAUGAAUCACAUGUCACGUUUCAUCAGAGAAUUCACAGCAAGAAGCAGCCCUAUAAAUGCACAGCUGU